AUGGUUUAUUUCGCCAAACUCUGGAUUUUCCUGAAGUAUGAAGUGGUUGAUCCAGAACUCUGGGUGGCAGUGAGGUUUGCACCGGCUUUUAUUACCAAUUGGAAUGUUCUGUUCCAAACGAUAUUCCUGACUGUAUCGCUGGUGUACGAUCUGAUGGAGUGGCUGGACAGACACGACUCCAGGCUGGGCAGGAAGCUGCGGUUCACCAGGGACGUGAUGUUCUCUGGUCUUGUGGUACCUUUGACGCUGUUCAUAUCAUCAAUGUUCUGGACGCUGUUCUGGAUCGACCGGGAGCUGGUCUUCCCAGAAGUCUACGACCAGCUCGUCCCAUGGUGGUUCAACCACUGUGUCCAUACGAACAUAGCUAUCGUUGUGCUCAUUGAGACCGUGCUGCAGGCCAGGAGACACCCAACUCAUUAUAAGCUUGAGUUGUGGCUGACAGGUGGCGCUGGAGUGCUGUAUGCUAUCGUGUACUACACAAUAUAUUUCUGCACCCACCGCUGGCUAUAUGGAGUCUUCGGUAUCAUGACCUGGUGGCAGGUCUGUCUCUACCAACUCCUGAUCUGGUCAUCCACCUUCCUCUUCUACUACAUCCAGUUCCCUAUCAACAGAAUAUUCCAUCGAGAAGAAUCCACUACAGAGAAGAAUGUAACUCAAGAGCCAAAGAAUGGCGUGCCAAACAAUGGUUUUGAAGAACCGUCGUCUGGCGUGCCAGAGUCUUGGCUGAAACAACGACCGAAAAGCCAGUUUGAAAAUUCUAGCUUUUGAUAUCGAUUCUCGUGGGUUUUGGUUUUAUAGAUUAUGGAUUUUGGAUUUUUCGCCCACCUUGAGAGUCUUGUUAGGAGAUUUGAGAAACAAAUGAAGUUUUUUCCAUUUUUCAUAAUUAAGGGUUAGUGAAAAACCAAAUCUGAUUAAAUACUACAUUUUUCAUUAUAGAAAAAUAGAAACAUUUCGAUCUUAUUUUAUCCAAAUAGGUUCAGGAGUUUUAAGGUAAAACAGCAAUGAACAGCGAUAUUUCCCGUAAUUAACCUUCCCGUUAUGUAAUAAAAUACAGAAAAAUGGAAUGUGCAAAUUAUUGUUAAUUAAUUAAUUAUAUGAAAAAAUAUUA